AUGAGUUGGAACCAAGCUUUAAUAAAUUCCACAAAAAGAAAUUCUUAAAUCACAUAUUCGGAUCCACACACUACGAUUCUAACUAUUCACAUUUCACAACAAGAGGAAACAACAACAAAACUCUCAAACCCUAGUUUUUCUCUCUCGAUCCGGUUCAUUCCACCCAGCAAAACAUCUAAAUGAGUCGUCCACAGGAUCCACCCAGAUCAUUUUUCCCGUUUGGAAAUCCUUUCCGGAUGAUAGCACCUAAAGGCACUAAGUUACCUCCACAACUGCUGGCAGUAUUAUCUGAUUUCGAGGCAACUUUGGAAGAGAGGCUGAAAAACCUCAUUCCCAAAAGCAAGGAUGAAGUUGUUAGCUUGUCUUGGAUGACUUCGGCUAUGCAGGCACUUUGUGAAAGUCACAAUGACAUUAAAUCCCUAAUGACAAACCUUGAGCUUCCCGUGACUGAUUGGGAUGAGAAAUGGAUAGAUGUGUACUUGGACAUCAGUGUGAAGUUGCUAGACAUAUGCAUUGCAUUUAGCUCUGAGUUAUCACGUCUGAACCAGGGACGUCUUUUACUUCAGUGCACGUUACACCAUUUUGGCUCCUUCUCAUCAGAUCAGCUUUUCCAGGCAUAUUCUUCCCUUGAUGGUUGGAGGCAGCAUAUUGGUUCUAAAAACCCUAGAAUUGAAAAUUGUGGCAGCGUUUUGGAUAAUCUGGCCGGGUCAUCUGAUCUUCCAAAGGUUAAAAAGUCAGCAAAAGGGAAGGUUUUGAUGCAAGCUAUCUAUGGAGUGAAGGCGCUGACAGUUUUUGUGUGCGGUGUGUUUGCUACUGCUUUUUCAGGUUCUACAAAGAACUUGAUGGAUAUGGAUGUGGCUGAUGUGUACUCUUGGGCUCCAACUUUUAAAGGUCUACAGAAUCUUGUAAAUGAGGAAAUUAGAGUUAGAUUUUCAAGUGGAAGAUUCACUGUGUUGAACGAGCUGGAAGCGGUUGAUUUGUCUGUGAGGGAAUUAUACCCUAUUAUCCAAGGUGUUGUAGAUACCAUUGAAACAGAAUCACUUGCGAAGACUGUUGAGAAGCUAGGCAGAGCAACAGAGAAUUUCUCUCAAGGACUCGAUCUUCUUACAAAGGAGGUGGAUGGCUUUUUCCAAGUGGUCUUGUCUGGUCGUGAUGCCUUGCUGUCUAAUCUGAGGUCAGGUGCAACUGUCAAUGACCACAUCUUAAGGGGUAACAAAGAUGCACAAGUUGUCAAUUGAAUAUGUUGUAGCCUGCCUCUGGUAUAUGCCAACGGAUCUAGGUAUUGGGAUUUAUCUUUUAUUAUUGCUAAUGUUUUUCAAACAUGUUUGGCUUAUGACAUUGAAGUUAUCUUUAGUAAUAGGUUUAAUAAUCGUAUUAUCAAGCUGAAAUGUAUACUUGUGAUAUUAUGUGUAACAAUUAACAGUGAAAUAAUGUAUAAAAAAGUUAUUUGUGGUCAAAGAGGUUGGUUAAUUUGUCA